AUGUCGGGAUUUGACUCAAACCCGUUUGAAGAGACAGUCGACGUCAAUCCAUUCCAGGAUCCGUCUGUCACUCAGGUGACGAACUCUGCAAUCGAGGGCAUCGAAAGUUUCACUCCGUUUCCCGAUGGUAACUCGGGAAGCACCAUCCCGGCCUCCAGCGUCCCGUCUCAACCUGCUGUCCUGCAGCCGUCAGUGGAUCCCGGGCCAAAGGCCACAGCUGCAGCUGCGCAGGCCAAUCUGCUCAAACAACAGGAGGAGCUGGAGAGGAAAGCAGCCGAGCUCGAUCGACGAGAACAAGAGCUUCAGAGCCAAGGAGCGACAACGGGCAAACAGAACAACUGGCCUCCUCUCCCCAAAUUCUUUCCCAUCAAGCCUUGCUUCUACCAGGACUUCUCCGAGGAGAUCCCGCAGGAGCAUCAGAGACUCUGCAAGAUGUUGUAUUACCUGUGGAUGUGGCAGUGUGUGACGCUGUUUCUGAACGUCCUGGCCUGUCUGGCGUUCUUCACUACCGACUCAACAGGAGGCGUUGACUUCGGCCUCUCCAUCCUCUGGGUCAUCAUGUUCGCUCCGUGCUCCUUCCUCUGCUGGUACAGGCCCGUCUAUAAAGCCUUCCGGUCUGACAGCUCCUUCAAUUUCUUCUUCUUCUUCUUCGUUUUCUUCGCUCAGAUCGCGGUGUCUGUGAUUCAGAGCGUGGGCAUUCCCAAUUGGGGCAACAGCGGCUGGAUUACUGCCAUACAAGCCAUGGCUUCUAAUAAAGCGGUCGGGAUCAUUAUGAUGGUGGUGGCAGCCUUCUUCACGGUCACUGCCGCGCUGUCCGUCUUUUUACUGAAAAUGGUUCAUUCCAACUACCGUCGCACUGGUGCCAGUUUCCAGAAGGCCCAGCAGGAGUUCUCCCAGGGCGUCCUCACGAACCGCACUUUCCAGAGCGCAGCCACCACCGCCGCCACCAGUGCCGCCCAGAGCUCGUUUCAGAGGAACUAGAUCACGCAUCACUUCCUGCUCACCCUGAACCCAAAGCCCAGCUGCACUCACAAACGUUGCCCUCGAUCACCUGCUUUGGUUCUGGAUCUUCAUUUGGUCCCAGUUUGGUCUUUAGACUGCAGAGGCACUACUUUUAUGUGUUUUUUUUUGAAGGUAUGAAGUUUAAAUGUUCAUUGGUGAGUUUGUAUAUUUGUAUGUAUGCAGAAAAUUUCCUGUAUCCUUUUUGACCUCGAUUAUGCUGUAUAUAAAGUAAUUUAAUGUUUCCCUGUCAUCCGGAGGGAUACAGGAGUGAUCAGUGUCCUUAAAUUAAAAUAAGUUGAUUCAUGAAAAGAACUCAAGCCCUUCUCAUAGCAAUGAUGAAGAAGGUUACAUGCAUGUGACGGUUAUGCGAUUCAGACUUCAAGAGCAUCAUUCCUAAAAUAUAAUUAGAUUUUUAUUCUGCAUUCUUUAUAAGUGCCAAAGAAUAAUGACAUGCACAUGGACGCAUUAGAAUCAGAAAGUUGACGGACACGGAGAACAUUGCUAAUAUUGUCUUAAUCGUAAGACUGAAGGUGAUGUAGGUUUGCUUCACGCUGCAUAAAUGUUUGAUAACUAUCGUUCAUGUGUACGGGCUUUUUAGGCUACUGAUUGUAAAACGGUCAAAUCAGAAUAGUUUUACUAGUUUUACAUGGUUGAUUUUUUUUUUUAUCAUCCUAGCUUUUGAAACAAAUGUGUAAAAGGGUUUGCAGUAAAAUGGUCCUGAAAUGCAUGUUAACAAAAUAAAAUAAUGCCAGAUAAUAUUACCAGAAAGGGUUAUAUCAUUUUGUCAGAUGAGAAGAUUUUUUUCAACAGUGUAUUGAAGUUUUUUGAGCAAAAUAAAAUUUUUCUGAUUAACAAA